AUGGUUCAUAAAAACGCUUAUGCUACAAACCCUGAUAGCGGAGUCGAACUGGAGGGUUUUGAUUCCUCGUUGAAAUCGGAUACGGCUCGACAGAUCACUCAACAAUGGAUUGAGGUGAGAUCUACAGACAUUUAGUGUCAUUUUACAACAACCCCUGUGAAGCUUUUGCGUGCUUGUCCAUGGACAGACGGUAGUAGACAUUAACAACCGGUUUGAUUAACUUUGGUGUCUUUAAUUGUAUCUAGGAGGCUACAGGACGUCAAUUUCAUUCGUCACGAUUCAUAGAAUCUCUGCAAGACGGCGUUCUACUGUGCUAGUAAGUUUUUAUAAGGAUAUGUUGGCUUGAGGCCCAGGAUAAGCUUACCACUGCAUACCACUGAGCUCAUCGUAUAUUUGUUCUCGAUCUGCAGUCUUGUGAAGCGAAUACAACCAGAUUCGUCGAUAAUUCAAGAUGUGAACGAAAAUCCAACCCCUCAGGAAUCUCAGGUAUUGUAAGAAACUUCUGUCUGACUCUUUGUAGUUCUUUCUGUGUCGGUGAAUUGCACUUCGAACGCUCGACGUUCCCUUAAUGUCGUAGAGGAUACGGCUAGUAAGCACUCGAAUAUAAUUGUUUUAAGUUUAGUGUUUUGCGGUUCCUUGCUGUUAUGAUGAGGAAAACGGUUUAUUCCUAAUUAAUGUUGACAAUUGGAUGGUACAAGGCUAAUCGAAAAUUUGAAGCUUUCACUCGUUUCUCCAAGUCAUGCCUCAAGUUGUGUAUAUAACUAAUGAAAACAUUCGUGACAAUCGGUCUGCUUAGCAAUAUGGUGGAAGGGAGAUAUGGACCGUACGUUUUACUGGAUAAUAGAGUAAAUUUUCAUCUUAAGUGUAAAUUAUGCUUCCCACGAAUUUUUUGAAACCUUAGUUGUUGCAAAGGUCACCAACAACACUACAUGGUGCGAAAAUUUGCUUGUUGCGACCGGAAACUAGUUCAUAUCAUCGCCGCCAUUGUUGUGGAUACGUUUAGUUAGUCAUCGUACAAAAACGCCAACAGGAAACGUGAUUGUUUCAAAAUGAAGUUAAUUUCAAGUGAAUCUGAAACAGUAUUGUCUGGAUAGGUUACAUUUAAAGACUCGGUCUCAAAUAUUCGGAGAAUAAUCCGCUCCUGUACUGUAAUUCUUCGCUUUUGUGAAAAUCACACAACGUCUUUGAUACGCCAUUCUUUGGCAUGAUAAUUUGCAUUUGUUGACAGAAUCCAAUGUCUCAAGACGAUGAUUUCAUUCAAUCAAUCAAUGUUUUAUUGAGCCACGAUAUUUCGAAGGGCUCCUGGGUGCAAUAUUAUAGAGUAUGAAAAUUAUUAUUGUCACGAUCAAUUGUUCUAGAAAUACACAUGUUUCUGUACAUUCCAUACUUAUUUUCGAAACGGCAGCAGCUGUAGGUGUGAAUGAGUAAUUGCCAAGUUUCGUGACUAGCUUUGAGUUUAAUCACCUAAAUCCCAAAAUAUGUUGUUUUGGCCAGCUUUUGGUCAGCUAAGUGCAUAUUUCUCACACCAUCAUUGAGAUGCUUUAUCAUGCUAUCAGAUAAACAUUUCAACCUGAAAUUUUUAUUUUAGAAAAUUUCCAAUUUCUAAUUGUUAAAUUUGUUACGAGACAAAGUUGUUUUCCUCACUUUUUCUAAUGUAAUAUUGUUGAACAGAAAAUCUUUAUUACAUGGCUAUUUCAGUUUAAUUACAUCACAAAUAUUCGUUCUUGCUACAAUAUUGAGCCAAAUAAAGGAAUGAUAAGAAAUUUGAACAAGUUAAAUAAUUUAAGUUUAGUGACAAAAAUUGUGCGAAAUUUCUAUCAAGAUUGAGUGUAUGAGUGUUAAGUAAAAAAUAUAUGACACUAGAAAUCCAAUUGGGACAGAAAGUAUUAAAACCUAGACAAGUUUUGGGAUACUUUUUAUUGUGUAAACCAAGAAACUUACUUUUGAGCCAGUUUUAUAACUAGCUUCUAUCAUUCACUGUUUGUAUUCCUAACAUAAACACAGUCAUAAUGACAUCAGGGGUGUCGUUGUCUGCAGUUAAACCAUUUUAAAUGUGUGUUUGAUGGUCUUUAACAUUUCAUUAUCAGCCAGUUCAGUCAAGUGAUGUAAUGAAGUGAAAGCCCCUAGAAACAGACAGAGUAGAGCAUUGGUGUAAAUUAAGACCAUUGAUAAAAUUAUUAUUGAAAUGUUCAAGCUGGUGUAGACAAUACCCAAUUGAUACACAACUUAUCUAAGUAAAAUAUGAGAAUGUCUUCAUGUAAGACAAUUGACUAGAUUAGACUUAAACUUAAUUCACACAUUAAUCAAUUGUUGCAAUUUUAGAGUUCAUCUUUGAUAAUUUUCAUGUAACUAAUUUUAGUUGGUGUUUGUCCUGUUUUGAAAUGAAUAUUUAGAGAUAUGAGUACUGCUGAAUUUUUUUUUUAUUAUAAUUUUGUAAUGUCAAAUUUAAACAGCUUUUGAUUUACAAUUUGACUGCAUGUCAACAGAAAGAAAAAUGUAGUGUAUAAUGGUGCUGGAACUUUAGAAUCCUGUAUUCUUGGAGUGAAGGGCAACUCUUUGACUGCAUGUUGCAAUUCUUUCUCUGGCAGUGAUUUUUUGCUCAGUGAAGUAAUUUAUACUCUAGUGAUCAGAUGGAUUUUUAACAGCCAUGAUUGACCCAAAACAAUUGGCUCCAUUAUCAACAGACUUGAGAGGGUCCAAGUAAAAGUGUACUAAUUGCACAGGUGGCUUGGAAAUGAUUAUGUGUAAUUUACCGUGUUUUGUCAAAACAACAAAAAAUUGAGAAUCAUGUUUAAAUGGCCUAAUGCUGGUUGGCAAUUAAUCCUUUGUAUCUGAUGUGGCCUUCCUUUCAUGAUCUAACUGAACUGAAGAAAGUGUGAAGUGCAUUUAGUUGUGUUAUUGUGAGAGUUUAUUUUCCAAAUCAUCAUUACUAACAGUUUUUGCUUACCUCCCUGAGCUCUUUUAAAUCAGGGUAAUGUCAGUGAUACGUCAGAUGUUUGCUGUUUAUUCAGAAUGUUUUAACAAAAUUAUUGUAUAUACAUACAUAUAGUAUGCACACUUACCUUGUAGGGUUCAUUUCUUGUGAUCAGCUUUAGAGUAAUAUUUGAGUUAAGACUUAGUCAUAGUCUAAAAGCUGUCUGAGACCCUAAAGGUGAAAAUAAAAAUGGAACUGACGAUAUUAAAUUAAGCAGAUUUAAGUUUGGUGUAGGAUGUAAUUAGAUUUCAUAACAAUUAACGGUUGGUUCAAUGGCUAGGACCCUGUCAAAAUAGUCUCAGCUGUGACCCCAUUUAAUUCCUGGUGACACAUGUAAGAAUUCUGUUUUUAAAAAAGUCACGCAAUCAUAGAUGAAGCCUAAAGAAACAAGGAAGCUAACAAGAGGUGUGAAGAAGAUUCAGACAGAUUUGAUUAAGUUAAACUUAGAGAUACAGCCCGACUUUUUCCAUGUUGUCUCAUAAAUAUCAUUCAAAUUUGAUGCCGUGAAAUAAUCCAUGUUUGUGAACCAUUUGUGAUGUGACAUUUUGAGCUUUGUAGAUGAUAAAAAUGAGUUUAUUACAUACCAAUAGUUAACUAAUGAUUUAUUGUUGACAUUUUUUGCAGAUAAACCUAAAAAAGUUCUUGCGUGUUUGUUCUGAUCUUGGUCUGAGUGCUUGGCAACUUUUUGAUCCUCAGGAUUUAGAAGCAGGAGAUAAUGUGAUGUAAUUAUCUUUGACAAUUCAUUGAAUUAUUCUCAGCUAAUAACACAUUAAAUGCAUGGCAGUAUUAGUGAAUCAAAAUUACAAGCAGCAACUGCUUUGGAUUCAGUUUGUACAGCUGAGCAUUACUUUUUAGUGUGGCAGGCUAUCUUUUUAAAGAUCCAUAUUUUUUAAUUCAUUUGAUUUACUUUGAUUUGUUAUGUUUAGCAACUACAAAUCAGAAGAUGAAGUUGUUCAAAAGGUAAUGGAUAAAAUUAUCAUGUUUUAUUUAGUCUUUUUUUAAAGCUUGAUAUAAAUAAUUACUGUAUUAAUUUUGUUUUUCUCAUGGACCUUCUAAGAAAAUCAAGUUAAGGUGUUACUGUAAGAAGUAUUAGCAUUAUAAUUAUAUUCACUAUGUAAACAUAUUGAUAGAGGUUUACAAGGUAAACCAAGGGCUGGGAAGUUUACAAAGACAAUCAACAGACAGAGAAACUUUUUUUAGUGAGAAAAUAGGGUACAUGUGGUCUUGGUAACUUGAGUGCCUCAAAUAUAAUUUACCUACAAGGUGAAUGUAAUCUGAUUAGAAGUUAAUCAGGAUAAAUAAACUUAUGGCUUAUGAACUUAUUAUUUUAGUUUUUCUUGGCCAGGAUGUGACUAUUAGCCUGGUUUUCUGUGUUUAUUUCCCCUAAAAAAUAAGAAAAAUAUGUUCAUUGUCAGGUUGUGAGCACUUUAUACUGGCUUGGGUGCACUAUUCAAAGCAUGUCUUACUACAGAGGACCUAAACUUGAUGUUAGCAAUUUUCAAAGGGAAAGUGAUGGUACCAUAACAGUAAAGGUAUGUGACUCCAUAAACAGAGAAAAACUAAUGAAUUAUAAACAAGUUUUUUGUGGCUUAAUUGUUCUCAAGAUGUUGAAUGGAGGAAGGGAUCACUGAACAAAGUAUAUGGCAUAAGUAAAGCAAAUUGCAAUGAAAUGAGAGUACCAUUUCUUAGUUAUUUGUUAUUGAAUUAUUUUUUUAAGGGGGUGUCUAUUACUUGUAGCUCUUAGGUGACAACUUAAAGUCAACCAACAAGUUUACCAUGUAUAAAAAUAUGUUAUCUAUUUAGAUUCUGUAGAUUCCAUCAUGCACUGCUACUUUUGAUAAUAUCAAAAUCAGAUAGAUGCCGUGAUAGUGCGCUCAGAAGAUAUUAUUUGAAGUGAACUGCUGUGGGUUUAUCAACAACUGAAAUGCUGGGCCAGUUGUUAAGUAAAGUUCUGUCCAUUAAUUGUUUGUGACUCUUGUCAACUUUCACAUUUUAUGUCAGUUGGUAACCCCUUGUGUCUGAGGGUUCAUUUUAAUGAAUUCUGCCAUAUUGGAGCCUAGUUCAUGAAAGCCUCGUUCAUGAUAGUAAUUUCCCACUCAGUUUGCUAGUGGCUUAAUUCAGUUGUAGAGCUCAUUAGUUCAAUCUUAGGGUUCUUAUUUAUAGAGCUGCAUUCAUUGUCCAAGAUCUUUUGGAAUGCUUGAUCAAUGUUUACUCAUAUUUUGUAUUAAUAACAAAGGACAGCUGAGUUAAAUAGACAUGGUAGAAUUUUUGUACACAAGUAUUUACAAUAUGCAAGUGCCAUUUGAUGGUUUGCCCAGUGAUGUUGGCUGCAACUACUGUUCUUGAUCUCACAUUCCUUCUUAUGUUAGAUUACUCAGCCCUCUAAGAGCUCUGUACUUGCAUUUGUUAUGGCUCUUUUGUUUCUUUCAUAUUUGAUUAAAGAAUGCCUUCAUUAAGAAAUGCUUGCCUAAAAGAGCAGAAAGCUUAAACUAAAUUAUAUUAUGCAUCCAUUCUCAAUUGUUCAAGACUGACUUAUGAUUUAUAAACAAAUUCAACCACAUAACCAGUACUCUUGUUUUAACAUGUGACAAUAUUUACAAUCAUAAGUCUCUCUGUGUAACCAAUAUUUUGCAGUAAGCUUUACAACAUUACUUUCAAUGUGUAAAUAAAUUUCUGACUUCUGUGUUGUACCAUAUAAGCAUGUAUACAUUACUGAUCAUGUGGAACAGUGAAAAAAAAUUUGAUGCUUUUUAAGACCAGAUUUAUAGGUGAAUUGAACACUACAAAUGGUUAGGCAGAGUGAUAUUGUUUUUCUGAUGCCAUCUUCUGUAAAGUUUUGUGUCUCUAGUUGAAUUCUGAAUUUUAACUGCUGAAAAAGUAUAUUUCUUUCUUCCAAAUCUAGAUUACAGUUUGUGGUUGUUGCCAUAGAUAGCCCAAUUUAGUUUUUUUGGAAGCUUCUGCUGGUGCAUAAAAACACAGUUAAAAACUACCUGUUAUCAUUGUUCAGUAUGUACAUGAGAUAAAAUGACUCAUACGGGCAGAUAAUCAGAAAACACUGAGAUCAAUUUAAUGAAAUGUAAAAGUCUCAUUGUCAGUUAUGUGUUGUGAUUAAUCUGAUAUGCUUUUUGUUUUGUUUUUGUUUGUGGGUUUUUUUAAAUUUUAUUUUUGUUUGUUAAUUUUCUAAUUUUCUGUUUUGUGUUUUUCUGACAAAGUUCUUUUCUUUGUUUCAACAGCCAACUGCCAGGGUCCCUGCUAAUAAUUAUUCCCACAGAAGAAUGGAAGACAGACCUCACAUGAAUGGAGGAUUAAGACAGGAAAACUCAAUACCAAUGCACCUUACAAAUGGUUAUGCUGAUAAUAAUAAUACAAUGGCCAAUGUAAGUGUGAGUAAAACAUUAUUGCAUGGUAUGGCCUGAGGCAUCUAACCAGUGAAGUAUAGUCAUUAGCUAUCACAGGGAUGGAGCCACCAGCCAGAGUUACCUUAUUGUUAACCCUCAGAGUGACUAGCAUCUACUUUUCCCUCACAGUAUCACCUCUGAAUCAAACAUUUUGGUCACAAGAAUAAAGGAAAUGUUCAUGUACUAAAGAAGCUCUUGAUUGUUAAACAUAUUUUUUUGGUCAACACCUAAGGAAAUGUGUAGAGAACAGUAUGGAAAAUAUGUGUCUUGACGUUAGGGUGUAAAGGGCUAAGUAGUUUGUUCAGUUUCUCUUCAUCCUUGAAUAAAAAGGGUGACUCAUCUUAUAAGCUUGAAGGCCCAUUCUCCUAGCAGGAAUUGAUUGGGAGUACUGCAGAAUGGUAUGCUGGUGUAUAGCAGAGUUACCCCUCAGAAUUUGUGAGGUUUUCCUGAGAGUUUUCAUGUACCCAUGUAUACUCUUAGGUCAAGAGAGGUACAUGUACUGGGAAAGUCAAGUAUAAUUGUCAGAAUGGAUAUAAAAAAGAUUGUUUAUUAUGGUCAGAGAGUAGAACUUGAAUCCAGGUCUUGAGGAGAAAAAGGGCUGGUAUUGGUUAACAUGUAUAAAUUGUUAUAUAAUUCUAAUAGAAGGCUGACAUUUUGUGUCUUUACUUUGAUCUACACAGGGGGAUGAUGCUGUGGAGUUUGCUGUUAAUGUCAGAAUACUUGGUGAUGAAAAACGAUUUGGCUUCUCUGUUAUGGGAGGAGUAGAUGAGGGAUUUCCACCAAGAAUUGAUGAAAUCUCCAAAGGUAAACUGACUUCAUGACAUGAUGUAACAUUUGUACCUCUUGUUUGAGUUUUAUUUAAUUUUCCAUGGUAUAAAGUUAUAACUGAAGUGAAGAAUGAAUUGCUCUGUGUUAUCAUGAACGUUGCUCAGGUUGGGUUUAAUACUAAUAAAUAUUUGUUAAUAUUUUUAAUAGAUUCUCCUGCUGCAAAAACUGGUCUUCUGGUUGAUGACGAGAUAUUGGAAGUGAAUGGAGAGCCUGUAACCAACCUUAGCCACACAGAAGUCAUUUUAAGUAUUCACAAAGUAUGUCUUUAAGUUUAUACAAAAAUAAUUUUAAAAUCAUUUAUUUUGAUACUCCAAUAGAAUUGAUGGAAUCCUAGUUAAUGUUAAAAAGUUCAAAAUGUUUUUAGCAAAGCACAUUUAAAGGGUUAAAACUUCCUCUUUCAGUUUGCUGUUUUCUUUUGGAAAUCAAGUGGUUAUGAAGCUUGUGUCAUGCAUGAUGUAAUUGGAUCUUUUUUCAUUUUAUAUUUAGUGUCUUAGAAACAGGGUCAUUGCACUGAAAGUAAGGAGAGGACGAAGAUCUUUUCAAGGUUAGUAAAUAAAUGUUUUGAAGAGGGUCAUGGAUCUGUUGUUAACUUAUUUGUCAGAAAAUGAAUGGACUUAGAGUUUAUUUAUGUUUUUAGAAAGAAUAGCUUUACCUGAUUAUCUACAACAAUUUAAUUGUAACUGAUCAGAAUCAGAGAUAUCAGUGUUUCAGAUUAGAGCAAAUCCAAUUGAGAAAAGUAGUAAUGCGUAAAAGCAUAAUUUAAAUACUUGUGACUUCAGUGGCUUCCUAGAUUGAAUCAAUGUUUCACAUUGCUGAAUUUUCUCGGUGUCCUAAUCUUGAGAGUGAGGGAAACCAGAUCAAAGACUGGUAAUCUCAAUGGACUAAGAAAAAAAUUAAUUUUUUGUUGUUGUUUUUUUAGGGCUAAACAAUGGUAUAGAUGUUUAUGAUGGAAUAAAUGGCAACUACAAUGGGCAAGUGGAUACAGGCACAAAAGAUAAACUUCAGCAAAUCAUGAGAGAGCAUGAGAGUGAUCCACAAUUCCAAUAUUACAACUCUGAUGCUGAAUCAGAAGGAUCACACAACAGUGAUAAAUUUUAUAGAAAUGGAGACAUUGGUGUUGUCUCACCAACUGACCCUGGGUGGAAUAAAGAUGUUGGCAAUAAAAGUUUUGGAAUAUCAGGGAAAAACUUAGCUCAAUCAAACUUACAGAAACACAAGUCACUCUCAACACCACUCAUUGAUUUGACAAAGCUGGAUGCUAUAGAGGCAGCUGUUGAUGUGGAUGAUGAUGAUGAUGAUGAUACAUGGGCUCUGCAUAAUCAAGCUUAUGAUAGCGACAAUGAAAAAGAUCAUCCAGGUAGGAGCUUAUCCCUCAUUAAAACAUAAACAACUGAAAGCAUACACUCUGAUUGGUCAAUGCAGUGUCUACUUUUGCUCAUGGGUGUACACUGCAGAUGUCACAUCUGACACUUUGCUCAUGAUGGAACAUUUGUACUGAUUGUCUAUAGAUACAAAACUGAGAAAGAAUUUUUUUCAUGAAUUUCAGGAAAUGUGAUCACAAUUACUUUAAUAACUAGUAGAGCUGCACAAUGACUAGUUUUUGCCCACUUGUUUUGUCUGGUCAUGUAAGACUACACAAACAGGUUUAGUUCAACUAAAGGGAACUCUUUUCCUAUAAUGUAUCAAUGUUAUAUUAUGAAAAAAAUGGUAAACACCACAGCAUACACUAUUGAGUUAUAGAUACACACAGGAUGUUUGCUAAGCACUCAAGAAGCUAAAGUCUUGCUUGACUAUUACCUCAAGUGACUCUUACACUUCUCUUGUGCUCAGCAACCUGAAAGAAGUGUCACUUAUGUUAUGAUGUUUAAUAGCAAUAGGCCCUAGUGGAUUUCACUUGGGUCUGUAACCACUUAGGUAAUAAACAAAAUUGGUUGAACUUAAAGCAAGUCAGUAUAGCCCCAUCUAGCAGACUUAUUUUUCUUUCUUACUGUCCAUUUACUGAAAAAUGUAAUGAUAUGAUGCAGAGAAGUUGCACCUAACAUGUAUUUUUUUAUAAAUGUUUUCAAUAAGCUUUGAAUAAUCAGUGAAGAAGACCACUUCUUUUUCCUUCAAUGUGAUCAAUCCUCAGUUUUUAGAAAAUAAACACUCAAUAGUUAUACAGAAAUGAAAAAAGGGGGUAAGUUUCCACUAAAGAAACUGUGGUGUUGCGUUGGUGAGAUAUUAUAACAAGGUAAUUUAGUAUUAUCAGCUGAGUUGGUAACGUCAAUUGACCACUGUUAAGAGUUCCAAAGCUAUACAACUUGAGAUUUUCAAACUUUAAAACUUAAGCUUUAUAUCUCUUAACAAUGGCCAAUUUAUGUUAUCAGCUCAGUUAAUAAUACAAAAUUUUCUUGUUAUUUAGGAUUGUUUUUGCCAAUUUAAUUGGCAGAAACAUAUUAUCUAUUUACUAACAAGGAUUUAAUACAUUCUAGUCAAUAGCAAAGUUUGUUUUCUACUUUAGAAUAACUGUUGUUGUUUUGUUUACAAGGAGCAGCAGAGAAAGAACUGUUUUUCCCAGGCAUCAGUGAACUAAAAUCAAAGCUGCAAAGUGGUAACGACAGAGAAGGAAUUUCGUUUGUGGAAAACCUCUUGGAGCAGAAAGAUUUUCAAGAUGCUACAAAAGUGAGUACGGAUUUGAUAACUGCUUCAAUACGUGAUCAAGAAGAAUAAUAAGUUAGGGAUGUAACCAGUUUCUCUUGCUUAAUUCUGUAUUUUUUCUUGUUGGUUUUAGGUUUACACUAAAAUGAUUGAACUUGAAAGAUCUGGACGAGGACCGAGUGCAGUCAGACCUGUUGCUACAAAUUCACAACUUCUCUCUUCUCAGGUGAUUUAAUCGUUACUUCCCAACACUGCUACCUUGAAGCUAGCUAUGAGAAUUUUAAGGUCAAUCAAAACAUCACUUUGGCAUAAUUAUUAUUCUUAAACUUAGCCUGAGAAGGCCUUUGUUACAUCAAAACUUAUUUCUUUUGCAUUGUUGUUUCUAUCAGUGUUUUUGUAUUGUUUCGUUGUGUGUCUGUUUGCUUUAGGGAUCCAAACAUUUAAGUAGGUUCCUUAAAUAAAGACAAAAUGAUUUCAGUUUUAAAGUGCGCAUUCUGUUGAAUAUUUCAGUUGAAACAUUCCCUUGAGGCAGCCAGACAUUCAAGAGAUGCAGAUGAAUUGGUACAAAUCUUAGAGAUGCCAAACUUUCAGGUAAAUUAAAGUUUUUUUGGGGUGACCAAUUAAGUGUUGGAGUAUUUUCAUCCGCUGACUCUAAAUCUUAGGCCAUGAUCAAAUGUCGAACCUUCCAAGUGUCGAAGUGAUUUAAAAUGAAACACAAUCCAUGUUCUAUUGUGGAAAAUUCAACGUUUCUCUUGGUUUGUGCCCUGUCAGGCAAAUUCUGUGAUUAGUUGCAUUUCGAUUGAGUGUUCUAUAACCAAAUCUAAAGUUACCCCAGCGGCCAACAACAACAAACUCUAUAAAAAAUGUCACAAGAAACCCGACAUCAGUAAAAACAACUAAACUGCGACUGAAUCGCCAUUGGGUUAUUUUUUUGCCUCUGAUUAGUUGAGAAGAUGGUACGAGUAUCUAUACCAAUCGUAGAGCUUAGAAGGCAAAUGUAGCGUGUCUCCGGGUUACUUUUGACAGUAUCCUGAAAAUUGUGCCAUUUCAGGGUCUUCUGAUGGCGCAUGAUAGACUCGCUUUCAGAGAAGCUUUGCCGAGCGAGGAAGAAGAACAGGAAGUGGAUGCACCCGAAUCCCAAGAUCAGCAAGAACCGCAGCAACCUACGGAUGAAUUCUCUCAUGUGGAAGACGACAAUGUGAAGAUUGUGAGAAUAGACAAAGCAACUGAACCACUUGGAGCUACUGUAAAGAAUGAAAAUGGCACCGUGAUGAUAGGUAGAAUUGUUAAAGGAGGUGCAGCAGAUAAGUGUGGUAAGAAUCAUCUUUGUUAUCUUCUCUCUUACAAAACGGUUUCAACCUUGCUGAUGCUAGCGGUGUUCAGAACAUUUGUCGCAUUUAAGCCUAGUUAUGGCCUACCUCACUUAGGAGUCCCCUUUAGCUAAGGGGAAAGGUAACGAAGAGCUACAGUGUGUCUUUCUCUUUUCCUCUUUUAAACAUGCUGUUUGGUUCCUAGGUCUUCUUCAAGAGGGCGAUGAAGUCCUUGAAAUAAAUGGAGUAAACAUGAGAGGGAAAACUGUAACAGAGGUUUGUGAACUGCUGGCGGACAUGAACGGGACGUUAACAUUUGUUCUAAAUCCAGCCAAUCGAUCCCGCGUCCCACCUGAUAGAGAAGUCCACGUGCGCGCGCACUUCGACUACCAUCCUUACGAAGACGAGUUGAUACCGUGCAAGGAACUGGGACUAGCAUUCAGAAAAAGAGACAUUCUGCAUGUUGUCAAUCAAGAAGAUCCUAACUGGUGGCAGGUCAGUGGUGAAUGUUGUCCCAAACUGUUACCCACAACCCGAAAUUAUCUACCAAUUUGUUAUCGAGUUCGUUGGUAAAACAUUCACUUUUUUUUUUGUUUCUUUGUUUGUAGGCUUGGAGACCAGGCGAGGAAGGCAGACAAUUAGCCGGACUCAUUCCAUCCAAGCAUUUUCAGCAACAGUAAGUUUAUAAAAGAGCUCGCAUCAGCUACAUUUAGCAACUACAAUAUUUUCAUGGUGAUUAUGUUUAACUUUUCAUUUCUUUCCUUUUUUCCAACAGGAAAGAAUCGAUGAAGAAAUCAACUCGAGAAGCUGAGCCGUCCAACAAAGAAAGUAAGGAUUUUCAAUGUUGCAUUUUAGAGCUGUCUGUCUGUCUCUAACUCAUUGGUGGUCAGUCAUUUUAGAGCUGUCUCUAACUCAUUGGUGGUCAGUCAUUUUAGAGCUGUCUCUAACUCAUUGCUGGUCAGUCACUUUAGAGCUGUCUCUAACUCAUUGGUGGUCAGUCAUUUUAGAGCUGUCUCUAACUCAUUGCUGGUCAGUCACUUUAGAGCUGUCUAACUCAUUGCUGGUCAGUCACUUUCGCCGACAACAGGCCUCGCCGUAUCACCCUCACCCGGAAGACCACACUGCAUGAUAAUUUUUUACUCCCAAAGUCAAACUAUGAACUGUAUAACCAACAGAAUGUUGUUUUGUUUUCACCUUCAGAGAGUGGAUGUCUUUGUUUCAAGCGAAAGCGAAGGAAAAAGGUUCUUUACAACGCGAAACACAACGAAGGUUGGUAUAAAGUAAUUCCCCAAGCAAGUCCACGUUGCCAUUAUUUACUAUCACGCCGUCACGUUUGAUUUCCUUGUACACCGGUCUAAUUAUGUAACAAGGUAGAUUGGUAUUAUCAACUGAGGUUAUAACUUCAAUUGACCAUCGUCAAGAGUUUCAAAGUUUACGUUUUGAGCAUUGGCACUUCGUUAUCAACUCAGUUUAUAACACUGAAUUACCUUGUUUUACUCUCCCACUGACGUAAAACUGUUUUUUUUCCCUUAGAAUAUGUGGCGGACGAGGUGUUAACAUACGAAGAAGUGGCGCAUUUACAGCCAGAUCCUCACAGAAAACGGCCUGUGGUUCUUAUAGGUAGGCCGGGUCGCUGUGAUUUGUCACUUUAAAGACACUUAACUCGCCCAGUCCCCCUCUCCACUUAGUAGUGGGUAACAGUGAACUGUCAGGGAAAGCUGAGAAAUAGAGGGGGGGAGGGAGGAGGGGGGUAGUGGGAAACCUCUGGUGGAUUAGCAUCCCUUUCAAGAGCGAAGACGUGUUCUUGGUUCGUGUUACAGAACCAGAUAUAAGCAUUCACUUUUGGUUUUAACGAACACAGUAUCAUUGCUGGGAAAUUAUCCGCCUUCAACCACUCCUGUCCCAUUGCCCAGAGAGAUGUGAUGGUCUGUAUUUGCAAGCAAUGUUCGCUAGGGUCCAACCCUCCUCUCCAGCUUUCAAGUCCAAGAUUAAUCUCACGCGACUAUUUCUGCUAAUGAUAUGAAGCAAAUCACUCUUAAAGCAUUUUAGACUUUGCAGUUGGGUUGAAAAAUAUGAAUUGAUCCUCUGUAAUUUUUUGUUCCAUUUGUUCCUGUGUAGGACCUGAUAAAGUUGGCCGGAAAGAGUUAAGACAAAAGCUGAUUCUAUUUUCACGAGAACGUUUUGCCCUAGUGGUACCUCGUAAGUACAUUUCUGUUCGCGUUUUAUCACUGAGUCAUUAUAUAAUCAAAGAAUCGUUCCUAAAGUGCAAACGAACACUUAAACGAUUGGUUAAUGGACCCGUUGUGUGACUCUCUGUCUGUCCGUCUGUCUGUAUGUAUGUCAGUCUGUCUGUCCGUUUGCGUGUCCGUUUGUUCUGCUUUCUACUCUAUCAUCUGUUUCUCGUUCCCUCUGUCGGUCUAUCAACCCAUCUCCGUCCGUUGCUCGCCCUGUAUGUCCGUCCUUUCUUGCUCUCUUUCCGUUUCCCUGUCAGUCUUUCUGUCUAUCUGUCUGUUCCUCUCUUCCCUCGUCUACCAUUUAUCAGUAGGCUCUUCCUUUCCUCUGUCUGUUUUAUUAUAAUUUUUCCACCUAUUAAGACAUCAAGCGGAGUACUGUAAUAAAAAAGUUCUUUGGAGUGUUUUAAUUAUCAUACUUCAUAAUUCACAUCAUACUUCCCGCUUUAGACACCAGCCGCCCAAAAAGACCUGAAGAAGUCAAUGAAAGAGAUUAUUACUUUGUUCCACUACCCACGUUUGAGGCGGACAUUGUGGCCCAUAAGUUCGUGGAACACGGAGAAUUCGAGGGUCACUAUUAUGGCACCGCUUUAGACUCCAUUAGAAGAGUGGCCAACUCUGGCAAAUACUGUAUUUUAAAUCUCCAUUGUGAGGUAUGUCGCAAGUAGCUUUACAGUUCCAUUUGUGAUUCUAUGCCAUGCAGAGAAUUUGAGUUUCAUUCGAGUACAGUCCACACUUCUGUGUGCCCUUAUCUGCAGUCUAUUAACUUUGCAUAUCUUAACUCAGCACACUUAUUACUAAUACUCUACUCAAGUAAUAUUAUCAUAUGACCCAUGCGACUCGCGUGCUUUUGAUGGAAAUGUAAUAAAUAAUCUCCCCGCAUGAGGGCCGUACGCGAGUAGGCGAUCAGGCCCAGAAAAAGACGCUCAACCCAGCAUGUAGCCCUGAAAUGCAGGAUGACAAUUGAGCACCGAUCAUAUGAAAAACUGAGAUAGGGUGGGCCGAACGGGAACAUUUUUGGCUCACAGUUAUGACGGAUCUCGAGCCGAAUUGCUCAAAGUAGAAACAUUCUGUUUAUUAACCUCUGAUAUGCAUUUUUAUUCCAGGCGCUCAAGAUGCUUAAAGCUUCUGAUGUGAAACCCUACGUGGUUUUCAUCUCACCGCCAUCUUACGAUAGAAUAUUGACCCUUCGGAGAGGAAGAGUGGAUCCAUUCAACCCUAAUCCAAAUUCACCUAUGUCUGUGAGUACCAGUUGUUGUCGUUAUCGUUAGAGCUGUCGUACCAGUUACCGGGAUCAAGCUGAAAUCAAAUUGACCAAAAAAUAUGUUAGGUUUUUGUAAGAAGAAGAUAAAUUUUCUUUGAAAUAGCGGAUCAAUUUGUGCGCACCUCCCCCUCCUCCAACUCAACAUUAACCCUUAAUUGCUGUCAGUUAACCGUUGUUGGGUUAGGUGAGGGGUAAGUGCGCAGUUGCUCAGGUUCUGGCAUUGAUCCAAAAUAGCGAUAAAAAUUGUUAAAUAGGAAACAGAAGGGAAAGGCCAUCGACGAUUUUGCAAAUGUAAGAGAAAUUUUGAGACUGUUCAAAGAAGUUUUUAAUACUGGCUAAAAUAAGGCCAUACAGCAGUAGGUGUUAACUGCUGUGAGAGUUCCCGCUCAUAUUUGUAUUGUUUUCAUUCUAAGGACGCGGAAUUACAUGACAUGGUGACUAAAGCGAGAGAAAUGGAAGAAAUGUACGGCCAUUACUUCGAUAAAACAAUCGUGAACACAGACUUGGAAAGAACAUUUGACGAACUCAAACAGGCCAUCGAUAAACUUGAUGUGGAGCCACAAUGGGUACCAGCUUUUUGGGUAAAUGACAGCCGUGGCAACUUGUAGAAAAAAAGCCAUGGGCACCAGCUAGAGAUAAACGGUGUUUGGCGAGACGACACCUUGUGUUAUACGAAUGAAAAGGAACAAAAAAAGAUUCAUUACCGUUUUGUAUUGUGGAAAGAAGGUAUUUUUUUCUGAAAAGGGUGCCCAGACGAGGAAACCAAAAAAUAUAUGGAACAUUGUCAAAUUAAGGGAAAAUAAGUUGCCGAGGAAUUUCAUUUUAGUUAUGCAAGUUAUUCAAUAUGUACAGCGAAAAAUUGACUGACUUUAUUUUCUAAAGAAUGUAUAACUAAUCUUUUCAUUUAUGGAUUCUAUAUUGAGCCAGAAGGGGAUCUGUAUUAGGUGAACAAGAACGAAUGCUUUAGUUUAUGUAACAGAGAGUUUAUAUCUUCCGAACCAUUAAUUUGCAGUAUGUAAUAUUCUGAGUGUGGAAGGUACGACAGGUUGCUUUCCCUUUUUUGUGUGUGUGAUGUUCUCCAUAAAGCAGCUCCCUAGCGCGUCUGGCAAAAUACGGAUCAGGUACAUAAACUUGAUAACGAAAAAUUUACUUCACUGGUGGUUCGUGCUAAGAAAAUCAGCCAAGUUUGAAAUGUUUUUUAAGUAUACAUAUCGAUAGAGACUGAGUAUGUAGCAGGUCAUUUCAGUGGCCCCGACCAGAAGUGCGUCAUUAUUUUUUAAAUGUCAGUGCUGAUUUCAAGUAACUUCACACAAGUCAAGUUAACAAGCAAGUUUUAUUUGAUUAUAGAGAAUUGCAAAUUGUAUCAAACCAUUUGAACGAAUGAGCAAAAAAAAAGCAGAGAAUGAAAAUCUGUCAGAAUGAUGGAGGGCAGUCUGUCAUUUGUGAGAGUUAAUUCAACUGAGCUGCUUAAGGUUCAAAGCGUACUUUGAAAAGUUAUAUUCCCGAGAAAUUGAGCUUUCAUACAAAGCAAAUCUUGAUAUAACGCAAAAGGAGUAGGGAUAAAGAACUAUUAUAAACAGUAAUAAUAUUUCCUUCACGUUUUAGCGAUAAACAACGUAGCAGUGAGGUAAUGAGUGUGUGGAGCAGUUUGUUCGUAAUAACCGAGGAUUAUUUUUUACCAAAGGUAUUUGAAGGGACUCUUAUGUAUCCAUUUAUAUAUCUGCGAGAGGUUCAAAAUAAUGUCUUGCUGAAAACAACAAAAAAAAAGCUUUACGGGUAAUCGACAAUUUUUUCAUCAAUCAUAUGUUAGCGUACUUGUUACUUGGCUUAUUUGAUCUGGUAGUACAUUCCUUAUUACACUUCGCAAGGAUAUUAAUCAGUCAGGACUCAAAAUUAAAAAGUUUCCAGGCGUCAAAAGGGGGAAAAAAGAAGAAAACACAGAAAGACAUGAAAUAGACCAUCAUCAAACCUGGAAAUUUCCGUGGAACAAUUAGCAAACGCAGAAAAACAUGAUACUAGUGCUGAGCGCGUGACAAUCUCUUUGGUUGUGUUUCGCUUCUUUUUCUUCGUCCAGCUUGGUCAGUAAAGAAACCGCCCGUUUCACUAUAGACAAAGGUUUACGCUUUUUUUCUUUUUUUUUUUUUUAAAUUCCGUUUCCUACCUUUUUUAUCCCAUUCUAUGUAUUUGUCAUUCGUUAAUCAUGUUAUGUAAAUAGAAAGUUUAGGUGCAGUGAAGUUUUUUGUAUCCAGUUACAGAUGUUUGUGAAGUCUAUCUUUUUUAAAAAACCAAGUUUUGUGCAAUUACUUGACUUCACUCAACAGAAGGCCGUAGCAAAGUAAAACGAUUGAACUAAGGAACUGCUUACAAUUUAAAAAGCAGUUUGCAGAGUACAAUAACAACCCUAACCAGAGAUUUACCCGUAAGCAGUCUUGUGUAAAUUUUUAAAUAGCUGUAACAAAUUCGAAGCAAAUAUUUUUAUAUACUUCAUGGGCCACAAAGUAUUUAAUUAUUUCAUGAAAUUGUAUGUUAAUUAGUUUUAGAUUUUGUAAUUGCAUACAAUUCGAAAUGAUAGGUAAGAAAGCAAAUUAUGAGAAGAUGAUGCAGUUUUCUGCAGCUCCACUGUACAAUUUACUGAAUUGUUAAUUCUCUAAGCAAUGUAUUUCAUGGGAAUAAACUAAAUUAAUACAGGGUGA